AUAUAGGGGCCAACCUAUAUAGCUAAAGCUCAAAUUUGUGCGAACCAAAAUGAAAAUCUGAAGCUUCUCAUCAACUGAGGAAACUGAGAAAGCGUACUGAAAUUCCAAGCAAAGAUUCAAUGGGGAGUUUGCCAGAAGAACUGAUUGCAGCAAUUCUUGUAAGGGUUCCAGUUAAAUACCUCUUACAGUUCAAAUGUGUUUCGACAAAAUGGUUUGAUUUGAUUUCCAGCCCUGAAUUUGUGAAAACCCAUCUUAGUUUUUCUGCUAAGGAUUAUACCCGCCAUAUAUCUCUGUUACAAUUGGAUACUCUAGACACUAAUAUUAAAUCUUGCUCUGUUAGCUCUUUAUUUCAUGACUCUAUUACUGAGGCACUUGAUUUGGAUUGUCCCAUGAAAUAUCCACAUCAAAGAGUUUAUGUUUCGGGUUCUGUUAAUGGGUUGGUUUGUCUUACCGAUAGGUUUGAUGGGUUGGUGCUAUGGAAUCCAUCAAUUAGAAAGUUCAAGAAAGUGUUGGACUUUGUGCCUACACAGAUGUGUCGGUGCUGGUCCAUGUGUGGUUUUGGAUAUGAUGAGGUUCACGAUGAUUAUAAGGUAGUGGGUAUUUUUAGUAGCAUGAUUAAGUCCUAUUUCGAGGCCGUGAUAUAUAGUUUAAAGAAUGAUUCUUGGAGAACACUUGAAGAUUUUAAACCUGGGAUGAGUUAUUGUAGUUCGUCUAAGUUUGUGAAUGGUAAGCUUCAUUGGAUUAUUAUGCGUAAAGGUCGUUGGGGCAUCAUGUCUAUUGAUUUGGUUGAUGAGAAAUGGGGAAAGGUGGAGCUGCCCUGCUCCAACAAAGAAGGAGAUUUAAAGCUUGGAGUGUUGGGAAAUGAUCUUUCGGUGGUCUGUAAGAAUCAUGAGAGAACUCACUCUGAUGUGUGGGUCAUGAAGGAGUAUGGAUUUAAAGAGUCUUGGACAAAACUGUAUACCAUCAGGUAUCCUGAGAACUAUAAGCUUUCUCCGCCACUUUUCAUGUAUAAUAAAGGUGAAAUUAUGCUCGUGUUUGAAUCAACUUUAGCGAUAUACAAUCCAAAAAAUGGCUCUAUCACACAUCCAGAGGUUAUUAAUGUUGACGGCAGUAUUAAGGCGGCACUCUGCAUCGAAAGCCUAGUUUGUCCAGAUUUACCAAACGGAGAUUGAAAGAUGUCAGAAC